UUGUGUAAUGAGCUGGGUCUGUAGGACUGGAUGCUGAGUACCAUGGCAGGCAUGAAAGGAAUUGUGGAUUAUGCACAUUAUGAUGACAUGAAGUAUGCUAUAAAAGAACUUGAUGACUCCAAAUUUCGGAAUGCUUUUUCUCGGUCAUAUAUACGGGUGAGGGAGUAUGACUCAAGGCAGAGCUACUCUCGGAGUCGCAGCCGUGAUUCAAGGCGGAGCUAUUCUCGUAGUUCUUCUAUAUCAAGAAGCCCUAGUCGCAGCCGAAGCUAUGGUGGCAGGAGCAGGAGCAUAUCUCCAGAGAGAAAAUAUUCUCACCAAUCUCCAUCAGAAUCUCGUUCAAGAUCCCCGCCAAAAUCCAGAUCUCCAGUUACUUCUUUAUUUUACAUGGAACGAGUGGUCAGAGGGUAAGCUUAUUGAGACGAUGCUUGCGGAUGUUACCUGUGGGAAAGUGCGGUUGGGAAAGUUCGGCCGCGAAUGUCACGAGUUUUAUGCUAGCCUACUUACUCGUUUUGGGACAGUGAAAUAUACCGAGGAACAAGUAAAGGAGAAGAUCAAACGGCUGAAAAAGAGGCUGGGCAUGUUCACCGAUUUGAUGGGACAAACGGGAAUGGGAUGGGAUCCUAAAAUGAAAAAGGUGACAGACAGUGACGAGCAUUGGGCAAAUGACAUUACGAUAAAUAAGGAAUGGAAGCGUUUCUGUAAUAGGGGCUUCCCGUUCUAUGAUGAUCUGUGUUCGAUAUCUGCCACUCCAGUCGCCAUUGGCACAUUGCACUAUCCUGGUUCGAGUGCGCCUCAUGGAACUGAUAUUUCCAUGAGGCACAUUCUUCGAUUCCAUCGACACACAUGUUCCAUGGUCCCGGUAAACAAAGGGGGUAGGCGUUGCAGGACGACUUAUGCGUACAAAACAAGUCCGUUGCACGUCGUAAGCGUUGCGGCGAGGGUGCUGAGAUUUCUGCGUCAAAACGGAGCAAGGGGUUUGAGCAAAUGGACAUCGCUGCAACCACCUUUGGACUUUGUGUUGCUCAGCUGACGAAGCUUAGGCCCCAGAUGGAGGAUGAGCGGGGGAAUAAUUCAUUUGUACGUGCGUAUCGGACGCUAAUUGAAUCACCCCUUGAGCAGUAAGGCUUUUUAAAUAUGGAUGAUGAGUGUCGGCAAUUGUGGGCCAAGCCAUAGUGACUUCUAUAAGUGAACUAGAAUAUUUAGUAAAAAGAAUAUUACUAUCUAUCUGCCCUUCUUCAACAUCACACACUGAGUGAUGUGACAUUUUAUCUAAAUUUUUUUUCUUAAGUAAAACGAAUGUUUUAUUGAAUUUCUUCCUUCGCAUGCCCAUUUGAAUUUUUUCACUCCCCCGCGUCGCCCCUCUGCACUCCUUCAGCCAACUGUGCUUCGUUCAUUGAGCAAGUAACACAAUAACUUGAAAGGAUGAAACAAUGAACACUGGAAACAUCUUAAAACGUUUCUUGAGAUCAUCAAAAGAAAUGGACUUGUUUCUGCGAAAAAGAUUAAAUUAUUUCAAACUAAGAUCAGAUUCCUUGGUUAUGACAUCUUCGAAGGCAAAAUCAGGUCCAUCCAACGAGCUAUUGAAUUUGCUGACAAAUUUUCUGAUGUCAUCCUUGACAAAAAUCAUCUUCAAAGAUUUCUUGGUUCUUUGAAUUAUAUUUCAGAUUUGUAUAAGGAUAUGAGAAAACGUCGCCCUCUCUUUGCGAGAUUGCGUUCCAAUCUUUCUCCGUGGACUGAUGUUCACACCAAUAUUGUUAAACAAAUCAAGACACAUGUCAAAACUCUUCCGUGUUUUGGCAUUCCUACUUCAAACAGCGUCAAGAUUGUUGAAACUGACGCCUCUGACGCAGGCUAUUGCGACGUGGGGGAGUGGAAAAAUUCGAAUGGGCGUGCGGAGGAAGAAAUUCAGUAAAACAUUCGUUUUACUUAAGGAAAAAAAUUAGAUAAAAUGUCAUGUCACUCGGUGUGUGGUGUUAGAGAAGUAAAGGCAGAUGGAUAACAAUACUCUUUUUACUAAAUAUUCUAGUUCCCUUAUAGAAGUCACCAUUGCUUGGCCCACAAUUGCUGACACUCAUCAUCCAUAUUUAAAAAGUCCUGCUGCUCAAGGGGUGAUUCAAUUAGCGCCCGAACGCAUGUACAAAUGAAUUAUUCCCCUGCUCGUCCUCCAUCUGGGGCUUGAGCUUCGUCAGCUGAGUGACACAAAGUCCAAAGGUGGUUGCAGCAUUGUCCAUUUGCUCAGCACCCUCACCGCAACUCUUACGACGUGCAACGGACUUGUUUUGUGCGCAUAAGUCGUCCUGCAACGCCUACCCCAUUUGUUUACCGGGGCCAUGGAACAUGUGUCGAUGG